AUGUGGCACUCAGUCCCGGUUAUUCUGGCUUCUUUGCUGGCUUCAUUCAGUCCCGUGGCCGCCAAAGAUCACCAAAAGAGCUGCACAGUCAAGAGUGGCGACAGCAACGCGACAGAUGAUGCACCGGCGAUUGUGAAGGCAUUCAAACAGUGCGGCCAGAACGGAAGAGUUGUAUUCGAGCCUACAACAUAUUAUGUCAAUUCGGCUAUGAACGUUUCCUGGCUUGACAAUGUUGAUAUAGACAUCUACGGAACUCUUCUGUGGAGCACUGAUAUCGUAUACUGGUUGAACAACUCAAUGGAUGUUGGAUAUCAAAACCAGUCAACAGCCUUCAUACUCGGCGGUAAUAAUGUUCGAAUUAACGGGUACGGCAAAGGUAUCUUGAAUGGAAAUGGGGACUAUUGGUAUCAAUGGAUCCGAAAGCAGCCCAAUACUUCCAACUAUCCAGGGCGGCCGCACGCUGUGACUUUCAGUAACCUCAAAAACUCGGCAAUUCGUGGUCUCACUUUUCUGAGGAGUCAGAUGUGGACAAUGUCAAUCAUUGAGUCUCAUAACGUGUUGUUGGAUAAUAUCCUCGUCAAUAACACAGGAAACUGGGCACAGAGCUCUAACACUGAUGGGGCCAAUACCAUCCGAUCCUCACAUAUCACAUUCAACAACUGGACCGUCUACAAUGGCGAUGACAGCUUGUCUCUAAAAGGAAACAGCACUGACAUAACCAUCACAAACAGCAAAUUCUAUAACGGGCUAGGCAUUGCUAUGGGGAGUAUUGGGCAAUACAAAGACCAAUUUGAGACAAUUGAGAGGGUGACAGCGAAAAACAUCGAAUACUACAACACUUUACAUGCCUUUUAUAUCAAGACGUGGACAGCCGACCAGAACGGCUACCCACCGAACGGUGGUGGCGGCGGACUUGGAUUCGCAUCCGAUAUGAAACUCACCAAUCUGACCACGACAGGACUCCGCGGAGCUGCGUUCGCAAUCUCUCAGUGCACGCGGUUCUCGGGCGCACCAGGUCAAGGCAACUGCACAAAUUCAGAAUUCCAGAUCAAGAAUGUGCAAAUUAACGGUCUAUCAGGCACCAGCAAGUCAACGCGAGUUGCAAGCCUGCAGUGCAGUGCAGUAGCGCCGUGUACCAAUAUUGCCAUCAGAGACAGCACCCUUCUCCUGAGUAAUGGAACUGCUGCAGAGUCAUACUUGUGUGGAAAUGUGGUGAAUCCGGUUGGAUUUAACUGUACCGGGAGUCCAUGCGUGGGCGGAAGCGCUACUGGAGAGUGCUAG